CGACGUGGCACGAUACUCGAUACAUCAGCUGCUAUGAACCUACCUGUGACUUCUCCGUGGAGAAUGGCGCAUUACGGAAGAGUGGGGCCAAAAGGAAAGGACCGGUUUUUCUGGUUUUCAAUAUCUUCGACCCUCAUAGCCUAUUCUUGCUACCUUCACCACAGCAUGCUAUAAGAUAUGACCAGGAAGUACUUUAUAGUCCGAGUAAAUGGAGCAAAAGAUUCGAUCAAAUGCAAAUAUUGUUAAAUUAUUGUAAAUUUUCUAAAGAGGUUACCGAAAAUGCUCGUAAAACUUUAAAAUGUGAACUCGAUAUUCCGUAUGGAACAACAAAAGGAACUAAAUAUGAUAUUUAUGGAACUGACUUACCUAAAGACUCUCCUAUAUUCAUAUUUAUUCAUGGUGGUUAUUGGCAAGAAGGUAGUAAAGAUAUAUCUGCAUAUGCAGCUCCUGUCUUUGUUAAUAAAGGAAUUAAAGUUAUAACUAUUGGUUACGAUUUAUGUCCUAAUGUUAAACUUAGGGAUAUAAUAUCGCAGAUAAAAACAGCAAUUGCACAUAUAUUAAAAUCUGCUUCGAGUCUCAAAUGUCGGUAUGAUAUAAUUAAUAUUUACAUGAUAAUUUUGUUAAUAUACAAAUUACAAAUUUCUAUAAAUUGGAUGGAUUUAUAUAGGAAUGUUUGGGUCUCUGGCCAUAGCGCUGGUGCACAUUUAGCAUCCAGUAUUUUAUACGAUAAAUUAUGGUUAGAUGAAAUGACAAAACAUGGAUACUUGUAUCUAUUAAAAGGUAUCGUGUUAAUAAGCGGUAUCUUUAAUUUGGAACCUCUUGUCAAUACUAGUGCUAAUACAGCUUUAAAACUUACAAAAAAUGAAAUCGACGCAUACAGCUUUACCACUCUCAAUACUAAAAAUAAUCCUUCUAUCCAAGGGUUAAAAGUUAUUGUAACCAAUGGAGAAUGUGAUUCACCAGUAUUUAUCAAUGAAUCACGCGAGUGUGCUCAGAAACUUAUUACAAUAGUAGAUAAUGUUCAAUAUAUUUUGUUAAGAGAAAAUAUCGAUCAUUUUGAUAUCGUAGAAAAUCUUACAAACGAGGAAUUUAUUUUGACGAAACUAAUAUUACAUAAUAUUUUCUAUGAUUAGAAAAGAACUUAUAUAGAAAUAAUAUCGUACAUAUUGAACAUACAUAUUUAUAUAUUGAACAUCAAAUAAAUUUAUAACAAACAUUUA